AUGUCAUUACAUAAAGAUACAACAUUUACAAAAAUUUUUGUUGGUGGUUUACCUUAUCAUACAACAGAUGAUACAUUACGAAAAUUUUUUGAACGUUUUGGUGAAAUUGAAGAAGCAGUUGUUAUUACUGAUCGACAAACAGGCAAAUCACGUGGUUAUGGAUUUGUGACUAUGAAUACACAAGAAGCCGCAAGUCUAGCAACAAAAGAAGCCAAUCCUGUUAUUGAUGGUCGAAAAGCAAAUGUUAAUUUAGCUUAUCUUGGUGCUAAACCACGUGUAAUACCAUCACCAGCUGGUCUUAUCCCACUUCAUCUUGCCGGCGCUUAUUCAGCAGCAUUACCAACAACUUAUGGUAUUCAACCAAUUUAUUAUCAACAACCACCAACGACAACUCUAUUAGCAACAACUACAACACCACAAACUCUUAGUACAUUGAUACCUAAUCAAACAACAACUACAUUAAAUGGUGUACAUACAUCACAAAAUCAAACCACAGGUGCACCAUCCUAUUAUGAAUUAACUUAUGCUACAACCCCAUUAACAUCAGCAUCUAUUGAACAACCAUCAUAUAUAUAUGCGACAGCUCCUGGACAAACAUUUUCUUAUACACAAUUACCGACUGGAGUUACUCAACAACAAACAGGUCCAACUAAUCUCAAUGAUGUUUAUACGAAUCAUACAGCGAAAUAUAUGAUUGAUGAUCAUAGUGGAUCUGUUGAUCGUGAUCAUCAUCAACGUGCAGCAGCCGGAUGGUGA